UUUGUCAGGUGCAAAAACAUUGUUUAAUUUUUUGGAAUUAAAUUAAAUUAAAGGAAUGUUUCUGCCAAUAUGGAGGAUUAUAUACUGUAUCCAAAAUGAAACACUUGUCACGGCUCGGACACACACAAGUGCGCAAUCUGUCGGGAGCCGCGCUGCGCGCGUCAUCCGGCGCGCAUCUACCCGCGCGCGCAAGUCACUCAAGCCGCGGCAGGCAGCUGCGCUCCAUCUAUAAUCAACGCAGCCGGCACUAAUGAAAGAGAGGACUACAAGAACCCCCGCCACCAGUGAUCCUUUGCCAGAACGUAGCAACUGUACCGUAAACUCGUCUCCAGCAUCCUAGUUGAAUUUUUGAUCCUGAUCUCUGUGUCUUUUUCCCCUGCGUUAAUUGUCGUGUCUUUCAUCACCCCGCAGCUCCCUGUGUGCGUUCCCGAGCCACGCUGUGUGUCGUGUGCUUUCUGGAUUCCCCUUGUCUUCCUCUGGCUUCCUGGUUUUCGACCCCUUGCUCGCCCCCGGACAAACGACGACUCUCUCCUGCCUCUCGACCACGCUUCCGCCUUGGACUUCCCUACCUGCCUUGCCCGCGCCUGACAGCUCAGCUCCUCUCAACACGCACCUCCAACACUUGCGGUAAAUAACACCUCCCGUUAAAUUCCACACAUAGUCUUGCACCUAUUUCAUCUUUGUUACAUACACAUCAGAUUUGACAUACACAUAUAUGUAGUCGAGCUAAAUUUCAUUUUUGGUAAUUUAUUCACAUCAUUUUAUUUCACAUCAUUUUCUGUUGUGAACUUCCCCAAAAGUGUCUGUCAUUGUAAAUAGGUUCCGCCCUAUUGUUUUCUAUUACAUACCUUUUUGUUUCCCUGGGGGGUGAUUUGGCGUUGCACCUGUGUGACCAGCUUCGGUGAGCACUGACUCCUGCAGCUGCAGCGCUGGGGACCAUGAAGGGGGGAGUAGACGAGCGAAAGAGCCAACUGCUGAAAAGCUGGAAAAAGACUGCAACAACAAAUGUCUGUAAAGAAAAUAAAACUGUGUCAAACCUGCAUCCCUAGACCGUGUGGUAGUGUUGGCCGAAGAACCCGGGAGAGACAAAGGAAACUUCCACAACUGGCGCCCAACUUGAACGGACCACGAGAAUGUCCACCUCAACACCCCUCGAGGCGCUCGGGCAAGUGCUGGCCGAGGUGUCGGCAGCGAGCCAGCAGCAGACAGAGCUGAUACAACGGCUAAUGGACAGAGCCUUGGUAGGAGCGGGAGCAAAAGCCGCCAUGCAGCGAAUGGGGGAGGCAGAAGACCCCCACACAUUUUUGGACAUCUUCGAAGCCACGGCGACCUCAUGCAGAUGGCCGGAGCUUGAAGAGUGGGGAGUGAAGCUACUGCCGCUUCUGGUGGGGGAGGCGCAGCGGGUGGCAUUGAGUCUCCCGGCAGCCGCCCGGAUGCAGUACGCUAACCUGCGCCACGCCAUCUUGGAUCGGGUUGGCAGCAGCCCGGAGGAUCACAAGAGGAAGUUCCGGGCGAUGAGGUUGGGCCAAGAGGACCGUCCUUUCGUCCUGGCGCAGCAACUGCGAGAUGCGGCAACCCGGGGGCUCCAGCCGAACGGGCAAGAUCCCAAAGUGGUUGAAAAAAUCCUGCUGGAGCGGUUUAUAGACGCCAUACCGCCCUGGACCGCCGCGUGGGUGAGGUAUCACCGCCCUGCCGAUGUAAAAGCUGCAGUGACACUGGCCGAGGACCACCUAGCGGUCCAGAGGGAAGCGACAAAAAAAACGGCCGAAAGGCCCAUCCCAGCACCGUGCCGACGACUCACGCCACCAGACGGAAUGGCACUGGAGCCGCGCCCUCACCUGGCCGGAGGAUCUGGAAGCAUGGAGCAGGUCCCCUCCUCGAACGAUCAACACAAAAGCACAUACACACACACCCAGUCACACACACAUACACAUCCAAAAAGGGGGGGAAAUUGUCUGUCUGCUUGUCCGUUUCAGGGUACCGGCGCUCUCCAGAGAGGGCUUCCCUCGCAGAUGGCGCCUCAAACACCCGGACAGGAGUGCUGGGGUUGCGGUCAACCCGGUCACGUUCGCCCGGAGUGCUCCUUGAUGGAGGUGGGGCAGGUGAUGCGGGUUGUCGGGGACCCAGCACCCGCCUCGAUCCGGGGGAGACGUACUGUGUCCCGUCUCUCGUCGACGUACGCCAAGGCCAAAAAGGACGGGCGAUUUUGCUGCAUUCUUGUGGAUUUUCUGAGACCCCUCAUCAACCUUCCAAACAAAUAUUCCCAUGAUGUAAUGAGCUGGAGAGAUGCGGGCAACAAAAACAACAGCGCACACGUACAGCACGAGUCAAUUGCCAAAGGUUUACGGCCGGGGCAAACCCUUUAAAUAUUUACCCACCUUAGCAAAACAGUCAGGGAUUAUCCUGUGUUGUCACAAACUCUCAUACUUUCCAUAUUCUCUGCAAACUUCAAUCCCAGCUAAGGAGAGGGAUCAGAUUAAAAUCUCUUUGUACAUAAACUAGCCAUUGACUCAGCGUCUUCCUGUCGGAAGGAGCAAUUAGUGCGCCUAGACAAAGAUCUCAGACAUGUUAAAUGGCUGAGAAUAAAUAAAUGUGCCUAUUGCUGUUUGA